UCAAGAUAUGUUUGCAGAUAUUGAACUUGUUAAACGUGUCAAGGGUUUUGUAAAUUCUAUUAUUGUUGUGCAAGCAGAAUUGUUAUUCGAUUCUUUUAACAACACAUCUCUAAGGGAGCUACUAUUUGAUAAUGAUUUUGUCAAGUUUAUAUUUUUCAAUAACAGCGAUGAAUUAUCAAAGAAAAUUAAAAUAACAUAA